AUGAGUAAUCGGUCAAAAAGUUGGGUGUGGCAAUAUGGUAAACGGCAAGGUGAUAGGGCUUUUUGCGAUUUAUGUGAUGAUAAUUCAAAUAAAGAGUUUAGUUGUGCUGGUGGGUCAACAGGAUCGUUCGGAAGACAUUUAAAAGUAAUACAUAAUGUCGGAAGAACUACUCAAAAUCAAAGUGAUGAUAAUGAUCUUGAAGUAGAGGAGUCUAAUACGAUUAUGACACAUGGUUCAUCAUCAUCAUCUUCAAAUAAUUUAAAUACCGAUUGUUCUUCAUCUUCAGAAUUUCGUGAACCACCCCUCAGAAAACGACGUAGAACGUUUAUGAAUAAGUACCUUGAGCAUAAUAACAUUUGUAGUUCUGAGAGAACAGAACAAAUCCACCAAGCGUUAGCUAAAAUGAUUGCGAUCAACCAAAUGCCAUUAUCAUUUUGUUCAAGUUCUGGGUUUCAACAGUUUAUGGCUAUCGUCGAACCAAAUUAUUUAAUAUGUAAAGAAGGAGCUAUAAAACGAAGACUCAAAGCAUUUAAAUCGUCGGUUGAAGAACAAAUAAAAAAAGAAUUAAGAAAUGCCAAGAGUGUAAGUUGUACAUCUGACUGUUGGUCAUCAAUAUCUCUAGAAUCGUAUAUAACAGUUACUGCACAUUUUAUUGAUGACCAGUGGUGCCCAAAAUCUUACACUCUGACAACUCACCAAUUGGAGGACCGCCAUACAGCUCUCAAUCUAAGUAAUCAGUUGGAAACUACUUUUAGUAAAUGGGAAAUCGAACAAAAAGUUAUGGCAGUAGUUACUGAUAACGCAAAAAAUGUUUUGAAUGCUGUCAAUUUACUUACUAAUAUUACAGAAAAAAAUGACCUUACAUGUUCCGCGCAUACUUUACAACUUGCGAUUAACAAUGGUUUGAAAUAUGAUAAAAUAGAACAAUUAAUUCAAUUAAGUAAUAAAAUCGUUGGUCAUUUUAAACAUUCAAAUGUGGCCACUCAAUUUGUAAAACCAGAUGGAACUCCGUAUUCAUGA